AAAAUUAUUUGUAUGAUCCCAUAUUUUAUCAAAAGUCAGGCGUCACUCGACCAGAGUCUGACAGCAGCUGAUAAUCUCUUGUCCUGCACAAACAAGUAGUACUACUAUUGAACAUAGAGAGAGAAACUGUAGAGAUCUUGUUCAAAAAAAUUACCGUAAACAGCAGAGAUCGUACAUACUUAUACGGAGCCUGUAGAGAGAGAGAGAGAGAGAGAGAGAGAGAGAAUCGUACAUACACCAUACUCAUACGGAGCCGAGAGAGAGAGAGAGAGAGAGAGGUGUUCCCUUCCCCGUAAAGUUGUGAAAUCUCACGAACACCUGGCGAUCACUGUGUCCGAUUCUGCAUCGAAAAUAGUUCCGAACCUAAUCACCAAAAUUCCCUACUUUUUAUUUUUUUUAUCUGUUGUUUUCCCUUAACCUUGUAAACCGAUCCGUUGAGUCCGCACAGAAUUUGUUCUUGUCGAGUAUCAACUCAGCUCGUGCUGUAAUUCACCCGAUUUCCGCCCCUUCAAACCCCAGGUGUUCAAUUUCAAAGAUACUCCUUGAAGUUUGUCCAAAGGUUCGGAGGAUUACUUUGAAGGAUCGUCACAGACUAAUUAUCAGAUUUAUAGACAGAGAGAGGGGAUUUAGGAAGAAAGAAGCUUUAAAGCUUCGUUUUCCAGAGAAUUAAAGCCAAAGUUUGGGGUUUGAAGUGAUAUCUAACCGUUUGAUUAAAGCUGAAGGCACUUCCGAGUGAUCUAAUCAUACGUGUGUGUGUUUGUGCGUUCGUCGUACAACACAUACGCACACGAAUUUUUGUGAAGAGGUUUGGCGGUGACAAAGGAAUUUUGAUUGCUUAUGAUUGAGUUUGGCUUCUACGGAUAUUGAUGCAAUUUUGACUAGUCGAGUAGAGAUAUAUACCAUUAGUCGACAUGGUUGGUGCAAAUAUAUUCCACUGUAGGAAGCAAUCAUGGCCUCCGGAGGAAUAUAUCAGUCGAGCUACUUUGCAGUUGCUUGAUUUUGAUAGUGCUGCCCCACCAGAACAUGCUUGGAGAAGGAGGUUAAACAGCCAUGCUACAAUUCUGAAAGAGUUUAGUGUUACAUUUAUGGAAGCUAUUAAAUUGAUGCGGCUUGGUAUUCGCAUGUGGUCCUAUAUAAGGGAAGAGGCUUCCCAGGGAAGGACAGCACCUAUUAAUCCUUUCAAGCGAGAAAGUUGCAAGCCAUCAGCAACUCAAGGGGUCCCGCUUGGAGGGAUGGGGAGUGGCAGCAUAUCAAGAGGUUUUAGAGGAGAGUUCAGGCAUUGGCAAAUUAUUCCUAGUACAUGUGAGGCUUCUCCUGUCAUGGCCAAUCAGUUCUCUAUUUUUAUAUCUCGAGACGAAGGAAAUAAAAAAUAUGCGUCAGUUUUAGCUCCAGGUCAACACGAAGGCAUAGGAAAAUCAGAUGACCAGGGUAUAUCAUCAUGGGGAUGGAAUUUGAGUGGGCAGCAUUCGACAUAUCAUGCUUUAUUUCCCAGGGCAUGGACCAUAUAUGAUGGUGAACCAGACCCAGAGCUAAAAGUAUCCUGUCGUCAAAUAUCACCUUUUAUACCUCAUAAUUACCGAGAUAGCAGUCUUCCCACUGCUGUUUUUGUCUACACGUUGGUGAAUACUGGAAAGGAAAGGGCAAAAGUUAGCCUUCUUUUUACAUGGGCGAACUCAAUUGGAGGAAUCUCACACCUGUCUGGAGAUCACGUGAAUGAACCAUUCAUCGGCGAAGAUGGAGUCUCUGGUGUUCUUCUACAUCACAAGACUGCAAAAGAGAACCCUCCUGUUACUUUUGCCAUUGCUGCAUGUGAAACUCAGAACGUAAAUGUGACUGUUUUGCCCUGCUUUGGGCUCUCUGAAGGAAGCUGCAUUACUGCAAAAGACAUGUGGGGGAAAAUGGUGCAGGAUGGGCACUUCGAUCGGGAGAACUUUGAUAGUGGACCGAGCAUGCCUUCGUCACCUGGUGAUACUCAUUGUGCUGCGGUUUCUGCUUCCACAUGGGUUGAACCUCAUGGAAAAUGCACUGUCGCAUUUGCUGUUGCAUGGUCAUCCCCAAAAAUAAAAUUUAUGAAGGGAAAAUCAUAUCACAGGAGGUAUACGAAAUUCUAUGGCACUUCUGAAAGAGCAGCUUUAGAUCUGGCACAUGAUGCUUUGACGAAUUAUAAGCGCUGGGAAGAGGAAAUUGAGAAAUGGCAAGCUCCUGUCCUCAGAGAUGACAGGCUACCGGAAUGGUACAAAUUCACGCUGUUUAAUGAACUGUACUUUCUGGUUGCUGGUGGGACAGUGUGGACAGACACUGCCUUGCCAGCUGCUAAUAGAGGAAGUAAUCAGCAUGAAUCAACUCCAGUAGUUAAAGCACCUGAAGCAAAGGUGGACCGGAAACAAGGUGUAACCAUUGAGCAGUCUAUGGUUAAUCAUUAUGAUAGCACUGCAGGAAGUAGUUUAAAUGGUACGGAUAAAACAACUCUUAUGAGAUACGGUGAAAAUGAGUUUAUGAUUCUACAGAGAAGAGGCAACAAGUAUUCUGGACAUGAUAUGUUGGGUACACACGAUGAUAGCGAUGAUGUGGGUGGGUUCUUGUACUUGGAAGGUGUAGAAUACAUCAUGUGGUGUACGUAUGAUGUGCACUUCUAUGCAUCUUAUGCCCUCCUUAUGUUAUUUCCCAAAAUCGAACUCAGUAUUCAGCGAGACUUUGCAAAAGCUGUUUUGUGCGAGGACAGAAGAAAAAUGAAGUUUUUGGCAGAGGGAAAUUGUGGAAUUCGCAAGGUCAGAGGAGCCAUUCCUCAUGAUUUGGGAACUCACGAUCCGUGGCAUGAAAUGAAUGCAUAUAAUAUACACGAUACAAGUACAUGGAAAGAUUUGAACCCCAAAUUUGUGCUUCAGGUGUACAGGGAUUUUGCUGCAACUGGGGAUUUGUCAUUUGGAGCUGAGGUGUGGCCUUCUGUUUGUGCUGCUAUUGAGUACAUGGAUCGAUUUGAUAGGGACAAUGACUGUCUUAUUGAGAAUGAUGGAUUUCCAGAUCAAACGUAUGAUACUUGGACAGUUCACGGUGUGAGUGCUUACUGUGGCGGUUUGUGGCUUGCUGCACUUCAAGCUGCCGCUGCAAUGGCCCUUCAUCUUGGUGACAGGGCCUUUGCUGAAAGGUGCAAAGGCAAAUUUGUAAAUGCUAAAUCAGUGUUUGAAGCCAAACUGUGGAACGGUUCUUAUUUUAACUAUGACAGUGGCUCAAGCAGUAACAGUAAAUCCAUCCAAACUGAUCAACUGGCUGGGCAAUGGUACACAGCAUCCUCAGGCUUGCCCAAUCUGUUUGAUGAUUCCAAGAUUGAAAGUUCUUUAAGGAAGAUCUAUGACUUUAAUGUAAUGAAAGUAAGAGGAGGUAGGAUGGGUGCUGUGAACGGCAUGCAUCCCAACGGGAAGGUGGAUGAAACUUGCAUGCAGUCGCGUGAGAUAUGGACUGGAGUCACCUAUGCUGCUGCGGCCACAAUGAUCCUUGCUGGGAUGGAGGAAGAGGCGUUCACUACAGCUGAGGGUAUAUUCAUUGCAGGCUGGUCAGAAGAAGGAUUUGGAUACUCAUUCCAAACUCCGGAGGCAUGGACUAUGGACGGGCAUUUCCGUUCGCUUAUAUAUAUGAGGCCACUCUCAAUUUGGGGCAUGCAAUGGGCAUUGUCAUUGCCGAAGGCUAUUCUUGAGGCCCCCAAGGUCAACAUAAUGGACAGAAUCCAUUUAUCUCACAGUGCGAAAUAUUUUCACAACGAGACCGGUGUCAAAAAGAUUGCAAAGAAAGUGAAAUGCUUGGGUGAUUCCGUCUUCCACUGCACAUGCUGACUCUUAUAUCAUAUGUAGGGUUUACUCUUGUAGGAAAAUAAAUAUUUAAUUGAAUCUUUUAUUUCCAAUUUUCUCCUCCAGUGACCCCCUUGUAGAAAAAUCCGUAGGGAGGUCUGUGGAAAAUUGUCCCUUUACAAAUGGACAGAAUAAAAGUUUCUUUAACGUUGUUGUAAUCUUUUUUUUUUUUACUUAGUUGUAAUCUUUGGAUACAUCACACUCUUAUCUUUUUCGAUCAUCUUGGAUACGUGACACACGAUAGGGGUCUCUUGCUAUUUUGGAAGAAAUAGGUCACAUUGGCUUA